AUGGACCCCAAUAUGAUCUCAAUGGAAGAAGGGAAGCAGAUCUUAAGGCGGUGUGGGAUCCCUCAGAGAGAUAUUGACAUGAUGACGGAGAAAUGGGUGGUGGUAGCCUCUGUGGAAGUUAUGCUGCGAUUUCCUCUGAGGCCUGGAGAGGACCCAACAGCCCGCUGCGUCUCCACCGAAAAACUCCGGCCUUCGGCAGGCAGGCCCUGCGGGAUUCCACAAAGGCCGGGAAACCAAGAUGGGAGGAAAUCCAACAGUCAGUCAAUGAACGGGACAGAGCAGAAGCACAGGGACAUGAAGCCAGUGGCAAGUCAUUACCUACAUCAUCAGCCUCCGAGGCCAGCUGACAUCAGGACCCUGAAGGAGCGACAGCAGGGGCCAGUGAGACAGAGAGCUCCCCACCCAGAGGAGGAGGACGCCAAGGUGAAGUGCAGGAACUGCGGAGCCUUCGGGCACACGGCGAGGAGCAGGAGGUGCCCCAUCAAGUGCUCGGGGAGGGCCCUUUCCCUGCAGCCCUUGGGCUCUAAUAAGCAGAAGGAGAACCUGAGACCGGGGAAGCCCCUGCAAGUCCAGACUGCAGGGCCCUUCAACGACAUGGACCGAGAGAGGAGACAAAGACAGAGGCGAGAAGAGCGGCAGAGCGCAGCUUCACUACCGACCUUGCCCAGGAAGCCCCGAGAGAAGCUGCAGAACAACUGGGAGGAGCCCGCGGAGCCUUGCGCCUACCUGAGGAAUCCUACCAGGCCCCUGCCUGUCCACACGACCAAGAGACGUGCCACAGGCCCUGUCCCGACGCCUGAUGUGAGAGUGUUCGGCCCCACACGGUCUCCCAAAGAAGCAUCUGAGCAAGGACCAGCCAAAGGGCGCGAGGUGGACGUCUCUCACGCUCCCCAUCCUGCUCGAAAGAACUGGCUGCAGAGCCCGUCCCCCAGUGCCAGCCCAGCGGGCAGUGGGCCUGGUGUUUUCUGCCCUCAGGCGCAAGUCAAACGUCCUGAUGUGGAAGCAAAGCCCAGACCAAAGUGUGGCCAGGACUUUACACACACAGUCCAGGCACCAGGCCAGAAGCCUGCCCAGGGCCCCAUCCAGACUUGCUGGACUACCCCAAAGAAAGCAAGAUUCAGCUGCUUCCUGACCCCCCUGCUGUAUGCUCAGUCACUUGACCGGGGGGCUGUCCAAGCUUGCAAGCCUCUCCCCAGUACAAGUGGACUUGGACCCAGACAGGCACCCACGGUCACCACAAAGACCCCAGCUCUGAAGGCCACAGCUACCCUCCAGCCCACACCCAAGCCUCCUUACCUGAGUCCAGUCCAGGCCUUCAGUCUCCCCCAUCCUCCACCAUCCGGUCUCAUCCCAGGCAAGUUGGACACAAUUGCCCUCAAGAAUUGGGAUGAGGGAUGGCAGAGUGCCGGGACCAGAAGAGCCAACACCCCAAACCCUCCCAUGAAGUCUGCACUUGGCGAUCAGAGCCCAGAUGUCAUAAAAAUGUACGAGGGACAGGGUACGUGCGUCCCAGGGCAUGUCCUCUAUGAGGACCUUCUGGUCUCUUCCUCCUCUGAGUACAGUGACUUUGAGUGA